CACCCCAUGGUUCUUUUUUCCAGAAUCAAUACAUUUUCAGUUUCCUUAUUCUGCAAAUUUAGUCUCCAAUGACCGUUCUUCAAUGUGUCCAAAGCUUUCUGAAAAGACUGCCUGCCCACAAGUGUAGUGCUGUCUUUAUUUUGCUUUGUUUGCUUGAUUUUGUCUCUGCCUGGAACUGAGAUGACCAUCUGCCUAGAAAGGGGGGUGGUUGCAAGGCCGGUUCUGUCCGGAGUUUCCAAUGGAGGAGAAGAGCCGGGUAGAUAUGAUCAAGGAGAAGCUCUUCUCUUCUUGGGCAAUGAGAAGAAAUGAGACCCUCCUUUUCCGCCUUCCACUGCUAUUACGAAAAGAAGGAAGGCCGACGGCCACCCUGCAAGAGUCACCGACCCAGAACCACUCCCAGCGAGCAGGCCCGUUUCUCCCUCGCAGACGCCCCUAUGGCUGGCUCCGUCGCCCUUUUCCCCUUCUCGGGUCUGCCGCUACCUCCGUUUCUGCUCGCCUGGAUUUGCACCGCCGCCGCUCUCCUCUCAGGGGUCGUGGCGGCCUGGCGUUGGCAGCGGAGCCGUCGAAGCCGUCGCCCGCGGUUGAAACUGGUGGGGACGGUGGCUGAGCUCUUCAUCUACCCGGUCAAAUCCUGCCGGGGGGUGGCUGUGAAGCGAGCCGAGAUGACCUCGCUGGGCCUCGGGAGCGAGAAGCUGCGGGACCGAUUUUGGACUGUGAUAAAAGAAGAUGGACAAAUGGUAUCUGCUAAGAACAUUCCUCGCAUGGUUCUAAUUAGUGUAUCCUGUGAAGAUGACUAUUUAAUCCUGAAUGCCCCAGGAAUGAAGACACUGCGAAUUCCUGUUGAACUCCCACAGACAAAUUCAAUCUGGAAUUGCACACGAUAUGGACUCCAAACUCAAGGCAGGGACUGUGGAGAUGAAGCAGCUGAAUGGAUCAGUACUUUCCUGAAUGUAGAGCCUUAUCGGUUGAUCCAUUAUGAGACAAAUAUGGUGACAAGAAAGCCAGGAGAUUUCUUGCCCGCUUUUCUACCAAAAGAUGAGGUUGCAUAUGCUGAAGCCAGUCCACUCUUGCUGAUUUCUGAAGCUUCCUUGGAUGAUCUAAAUACAAGGUUAGAAAAGAAAGCUUCAAUAACUAUCUUCCGGCCGAAUAUUGUUAUUAAAGGCUGUAGUCCUUAUGAAGAAGAUUCUUGGGUUGAUAUAUUAAUUGGAACUGUUAAGUUGAAAGGAAAAAUGUCAUGUCCAAGGUGCAUUUUCACAGCAGUGGAUCCAGAUACUGGGAUCAUAGGUGAAAAGGAGGCCCUAAAAGCCCUGAAAAGUUAUUGCAAGUGUGAUCCUUCUGAAGAACAUGACUAUAAAUCUAAUCCUCCUUUUGGAUGGCUAUAUGGAGUUGAGGAAACGGGUGUACUUGAAGUUGGGGAUUCUGUGUACAAGAUAAUCUCAUGAUGGGUGGCACCUGUGCAGUGGAGUGUAAUUUCUCUGUAUAUGGAUUCUGUACUCAUUUCUUAAGAUCAUUUUUUUUUCUUCCUUCUUAUUCAGGUACUUAUCCAUUGUAGGCAGUUGCAUGUGGUCACUAAGGGUCAUCACCAGUUUGUUGGCAAAUCAUUACUGUCAUCAUGACUGAGAAUCUACAUCAACACAGCAUCAUUGCAAUUGAAACAAAUUUGAAUGAAGGGCAAACUGAAUGAAUAACAAAUAAGAGUUAGAACAUUUUUCAGUCAGUAUUCUUAAUGCAAUACAGGUGUGGUCGUGUUUUGCUGACUGAAGACUAUUGAGGUGGUGAUAGUGAAAGUAAAACUUUCCAUAUUAGAAUACAGUGCUAUUUUUAGAAACAUGGAUGAAAUGGAUGUAUAUCUAUUUCUGGGAUAUCCUUGGGUUUACUUAUUUCCCAAAAAAGCUAAAUAUAAGGAUAUAAUGAAAGUAUGUGGUAUUUUAUUGUAUAGCCAAGACAAGUGAAAAUCCUUUUCACUGACCAUUUGUAAAAACAAGUAUACAGAUGUUGAGCUGCCUAGAAUUAACAUCAGUAAAUUUGAAAACUCUUUACUAGAGGAAUUUCCAUAAAUCUGAAGUGAUUUAUGUCUGAUUUUUUUAAAAUCUCAAAAACCUGGCAUUUUAACAGGUGUGUGCAGACUUUAUAUACUGUACGUCUAUGUUACUAUGAUUAAACUUGUAGCUAUCCCUGUAAGCCGCCUUGAGUCGCCAUAUGCAAAUAGGCGGCAAUAUAAUUUUUCUAAUACAUAAAUAUGGAAAUUUUACAAACAGUGCUAUUAGAUCAAGCUUUAUUGGAUUUUAUUUUUUUAAAGGUAUAUUUUGUCCCAGAAAGAUUAAAAAAACUAAAGCUAGACAUUGAAAAAUCAUAAAUAAACUGGUUAAUUUCUGUAAAUUAACUACUAAAAAAUAUGGUCAUGGAGAUAUUUCACAUUUACAAAAUCCUUAAGCAAUGCUUCAUGUAUAAUUAUGCAAAGUGAAGAGUACCUUUAUGGAUGCAAUCUAUAUAUAUAUAUAAACGCGAAAACCACUCACGCUGUAAUCACAAAAUCUCCAGAACCAUAAAGCCUACAAACUUGAAAUUUGCCAUUAUGUUCCUCUUGGCUUCUAGGUGCUCACUAAGAAAGGAUUUUUUGAAAUGACCAUCAGAGCAUUAGUAUUUCCUAUAUUGUUGUGGAUUUAAUAAGACCAACACAACUUUUCAGGGUUAGCCAGAGACAUUGUAUAUUGCGCAAUAGGUUCAAAGCUCUGUACAUGAAGUGUUGAACAAAGACAGAAAUUAGCUACAAUGGUUUUUAUACCCUUCUAGACAAAGGAUUCUGUUAACUCAGCAGUUUAUGUGAUCAUAUACAUUUGUCAUAUUUAAUUGACACUUCCUAAUUACUGUUUCAUUUUAUUCUUUGCCAACAGUCAUAAUUCUUCUUGUAAAUUACUGAAGCAUAGAUUCAAAUUAUCUCUUGUUAAUAUUACAUGUGGUCAUACUUGAUCUCUUUAACCUUCAUACUGUAUAUCACCAAAUGUCUCUUAUCUCUGACAACUGAGGGGCCCUUCUCUGAAUGUUUCUACUUCAAAGGAAUUCUCUCCUUUCAACUGGAGAUAAUUGGCUUCCCUCAAACAAGCACAUUUCCUUUCUUACAAAUAAAGAGGGUCCUUCAGUGAUCAUCCAGCUGGAUCCGCUUACCUACCUACAUUAAUAUUAUGAUUAACAUGCCCUGAUGCUAAGGAGUUCUACUCCCCCUCCCCACCUGAAAUCUGUUCCAAAUGCAAAACACAAGCAGAGGACAGGAGUUUUACUUUCAGUUUUACUUUAACAGCAGGAAGCACCUUUAAUACAGAACACUUGAGCUAAGCCAUGGCCAGGCUCCUUCCUGUCUCCUUGCUCUCCCAGCAAAUACUGUUUCACUUUCCAAACAGCCCCCUGAUGCUAACAAGUUCUACUCCCCCUCCCCAUCUGAAAAGAAAUCUGUUGCAAGCUCUGAUACUAAGGAGUUCUUCUCCCACUCCCCACCUGAAAAGUAAUCUGUUUCAAAUGCAAAACACAAGCAGAAGACAGGAGUUUCACUUUCAGUUUUACUUUCACAGCAGCAACCAGGGGAUAGGACAGGGGAGGCUUCUGUGGGGCAAGGCUGAGGGAGAGAAGGU